CACCACGCGGAGCACCCUCGACGUAAACACGUUCAGGGAGCCAGGUCGUCGGCAGCAUGGGUCGUGCAGCCAAUUACCACUUAAAACCAAAGAAAGGACCGGGAAGAAAGGCUAAAAAACAACAGGCGCCGGUUUUUCAGUUCAAAGAUGAAGAUGGAGAAGAAAAGAAGCUUAGUAGAAGACAGAAACUUCGGGCCAAGAAACGAAGCCUGAAAAAUAAAGAGCCAGAAAGUGUCCCUCCGAAGAAAGCCAGGAAUUGGGCACCAGAAUCAGAAGAAGAAGAUGCCGGCAGCGAUGGACAACAGCUCGACUCCCCAGAAGGGUCAGAUGAAGAACUGGAGGAACAGACAAGUGGAAAACCAAAAUCUACUUUGUUUGAUGAUGACGAUGAUGACGACGUGAAUGGCUUUGAUGAAAUGGAAGAUGAUGAGGUCGAUAGCUAUGAUGAGUUCGAUGAAGAUGAUGAUUAUGAUGAUGACAUUGAAAAACUAUCUAAGAAAUUGGAAAAGAAAAAGAAAGCUGAGGAUGCUGAAGGUGAUGCAUAUAUGGAAGAAGCUGCUGGGAAACUCGAAAUACAGAUACCAACAAUCGAGGAAGUGGAGAAAGAAUUGUCAGAAAAUCCAGACCUGGCAAACGUCCAGUCCCGUAUCAAGGAUAUCGCUUUCAUACUGUCUGAUUUCAGUAAUAGAAGAGAAGAAGGGAGAAGUCGGUCUGAAUACCUAAGCAUCUUUCUGAAAGAUCUCACCACGUACUACUCAUAUAAUGAGUUCCUCAUGGAGAAGCUCUUGCACAUGUUUGGCGUCACAGAGCUCGUGGAGUUUCUGGAGGCUAAUGAACGUCCGAGACCAGUGACCAUCCGCACCAAUACGCUGAAAACGCGACGAAAGCUCUUGGCCAGUGCACUCAUCGACCAGGGCGUAGAUGUUGAUGUAAUUGCGUGGUCAAAGGUGGGCCUCAUCGUUAUGCAGACUCCUGGAUCAGUAGCCCUGGGAGCCACACCACAGUACCUUGCUGGACAGUACCUUAUACAGGGAGCAUCAAGUUUCCUUCCUGUGAUGGCUCUGGCACCCAAAAAUGGAGAAAAAGUGCUUGACAUGUGUGCUGCACCAGGUGGAAAGUCAACACAUAUAGCUGCUAUCAUGAAAAAUACUGGUAUGAUUGUCAGUAAUGAUGUACAUGCUGCUCGAGUUAAGGCGCUUGUGGGCAACUUUCACAGAAUGGGAAUCACCAAUUCCUUGAUUACCAACAUGGAUGGACGUGCGUUUGCCAAGAAAAUGCCUGGAGCCUUCGACCGCAUUCUGCUAGAUGCACCCUGUUCGGGCACAGGUGUCAUCAGCAAAGACGAGAGUGUGAAGAUUACCAAGGAUGCCAAGGAUAUUCAGAGAUGCUCUCAUCUUCAGCGAGAACUCCUGCUAGCGGCUAUUGACUCUGUACACAAAUACAAUGGGGAAAAUGGUUAUGUUGUGUAUUCCACAUGCUCCAUCUUGGUGGAAGAAAACGAGGAAGUUAUUGACUAUGCCUUGAGGAAGAGGAAAGUAAAGCUAGUGCCAACAGGCUUAGAAAUUGGCAAGCCAGGAUAUAUUCACUACAGAGGGCACAAGUUUGACUCUAACAUGCACCUGUGCAAGCGUGUGUACCCCCAUUCCUAUAACAUGGACGGCUUCUUUGUUGCAAAGUUAAAGAAACUGGAUGACGGACCAAGAAUUACUGUACAGGAAGAGACAACAGAAGAGACAGAAGAGACAGAAGAGACAGAAGAGACCACAGAAAAGAUGGAGGAGACUGAGCAAAAGGAAGAAGAGGCAAAAGAGGAAGAAAAGAAAACAAAGAAAGGGAAAAAAGGAGGGAAAGCAUUGACUGGAAAGAAAGUGCUGACUGGGAAGAAAGUCUUGAAUGGAAAGAAAGUACUGAAUGGAAAGAAAGCCGUGAAUGGAAAGAAAGCCGUGAAUGAAAAGAAAGCAGUGAAUGAAAAGAAAGCAGUGAAUGGAAAGAAAGCAGUGAAUGAUAAGAAAGCAGUGAAUGAUAAGAAAGCAGUGAAUGAAAAGAAAGCAGUGAAUGAAAAGAAAGCAGUGAAUGAAAAGAAAACAGUGAAUGAAAAGGAAGCAGUGAAUGAAAAGGAAGUAUCUACUGAAAAGAAACUCGUAAAUGGGAAGAAAGUAGUGAAGGGAAAGAAAAAAAUUAAAGACAAAAAAGAAGUCAGUGAUGAAAAGAAUGGAGUGACUGGAAAGAAAGAAACAGAAGAAAAGAAAGAAGAAAAGGUAGAGAAAGAAAUGGCUGGAAAGAAAGGCGUUAAAGGGAACAAAGAAAAGAAAGGGAAGAAAAUGAAGAAAGAGAAGAAAGUGAAGAAAUGAUUGUAGAUAUUAGUGUAUCAAAAUUAAUAAAAAAGACUGAAAGUGACUUUAUAUAUUUGAUUACCAUUUUAGGUCUGGUAACAUAAACGUGGAGGGAAAGUGUUAUUUAUAGCAUAGGUUUAUGUAUUCAUUAUAUGUGAAUUUUUACAUGUUUGAAUUUGACAUUGUAUGAAAGUUAAUGCAAAGGUAAGACUGGAGACAGAGGUUAUGCAAAUGAUCGAUAUUUUAAAACAUGUAAAAUUCAUGUUACGAAAGAGUGCGUUGUUUGCGAGCAUUUUGCAUCGGAAGUAUUUUUCUAAGCACGAAUGAAUGUUUCUCAUGGUGUUUCCAAUAAUUUACAUGUGUAAUAUAGUUUGUUAUGUUUUACAGGUAAUUUUAAACUUUUUUUUUGUUUCCAGUAAAAUGACUGACACAUAUUCUCAAGUUUUAUCCUUCCCAUGGAAAGUAAAUAUAUGUAUAUAUGUAUGAUGAA